AUGAAGUACUGCUUACCGAUAUACCUUAAAAAUGCCCGCAAGUUAUUGUGUCGUGAUGUGUUGGCCAAUCAGGUUGCAUGGAUUUGGAAACCUGCCGCUAAACUGUUGACUGCGGACUUAAUUUGGCUGGACGACAUCAUAGACUUCACCACUCCCACUACCUGUCUUCGCACUCCCACGACCACCCCGCAUCGAUUGUUCGCUGUCCUCGGACACUCCACUAUCGGUAGAACUGAUAUACAGUCGCUGGCUGCCGGAGGCCUCACAACCAUGCUUCGACAAACCCUUCGGCGGACGGCCAGGUCCCACCUAAACAACGUCAGAGCAUUCUCCGCCACGCCACGUCGAAGCGCGACCCAGGAUGUUGAGAUUACCAUUGAUGGAAUCAAAGUUAGCGUCCCCGCCGGGUCUGCGCUGAUUCAAGCCUGCGAGAAGGUCGGCGUUACGGUACCGAGAUACUGCUAUCAUGAGAGACUGUCAAUAGCUGGUAAUUGCAGAAUGUGCCUCGUAGAAGUCGAGAGGUCACCGAAGCCAGUUGCAAGCUGUGCAUGGCCUGUGACACCGGGCAUGGUUGUGAAAACCAACACUCCGCUCGUCCACAAGGCUCGAGAGGGUAUCAUGGAAUUCUUACUAGCGAAUCACCCGCUUGAUUGCCCAAUUUGCGAUCAGGGAGGAGAGUGCGACCUUCAAGACCAGUCCAUGAGAUAUGGAGCUGACAGGGGGCGAUUUCACGAAGUUGGAGGCAAACGUGGUGUCGAAGAUAAAAACAUUGGACCUCUCGUCAAGACUUCUAUGAACCGCUGCAUUCAUUGUACGAGAUGUGUCAGAUUCGCGAACGAUGUCGCUGGUGCACCAGAGUUUGGUUCAACUGGUCGUGGCAAUGACCUCCAAAUUGGUACUUAUCUCGAAAGGAACCUGAAUUCCGAACUUUCCGGCAAUGUUAUCGACCUUUGCCCAGUCGGCGCCCUUACUUCCAAGCCUUAUGCUUUUAGGGCCCGCCCAUGGGAGCUAAAGAACACUGAAACCAUCGAUGUCCAUAACGCAAUGGGUUCGGCAAUCCGUGUCGACACGAGAGGGUUGGAAGUUAUGAGAGUUUUACCCCGACUGAAUGAGGAUAUCAACAUCGAAUGGAUUGACGACAAGACCAGAUUCGCUUGUGAUGGUUUAAAAACCCAAAGACUCACCACGCCGUUGAUUAAGAGAGAGAACAAGUUCUACCCGGCAACUUGGGAGCAGGCUCUUGCUGAGAUUGCUUCCGCCUAUGAAAAGAUUCAGCCCAACGGGGAGGAGAUGAAGGCUAUUGCCGGGCAUUUGACGGAUGCGGAGUCUAUGGUUGCGCUCAAAGACUUGUUCAACUCCCUUGGAUCCGAACAACUCUCUGUCGAUCAACCACAAGGCCAUCUCCCUCCUGCCCACGGUGUCGAUAUUCGGUCCAACUAUCUUUUCAACUCCACCAUCCAAGGGAUUGAUGAGGCGGAUGCCAUUCUCUUGGUUGGAACCAACACUAGACUUGAGGCGGCCGUUCUAAACGCUCGAAUUCGCAAGAGGUGGCUCUAUUCCGAUCUUGAAAUUGGGCUGGUCGGCGAAAACUUCGAAAGCACAUUCGAAUAUGAACACCUCGGCCAAACUGCUGCUCAACUCAAGAAGGCCCUCACUGGACCUUUUGGAAAGAAGCUUGCCGCUGCUCAGCGCCCUAUGAUCAUUGUUGGUAGCGCUAUUACAGAGCACCUCGAUGCGAAGUCCAUAUAUGAAACAGUUGGUGCUUUCGUGGACAAAAACGCUGCUACUUUCCUGACACCCGAAUGGAACGGAUACAAUAUUCUUCAGCGAGCGGCGGGGCGGGGCGCUGCUUAUGAUAUUGGAUUCGUACCCCACUCGUCCUCACAGUCUAAGUCGAUCCCAAAAUUCAUAUACCUUCUCGGUGCGGAUGAAGUCACAUCGCAGGACAUCCCCCCUGGUGCUUUCGUUGUCUACCAAGGACACCACGGAGAUACCGGAGCCCAAUACGCCGAUGUAGUGCUACCUGGAGCAGCAUACACGGAAAAGAACGCUACCUACGUCAAUACAGAAGGACGGACCCAAAUCACGAGGGCGGCCACUUCAUUACCCGGCGCAGCUAGAGAGGACUGGAAAAUUGUUCGAGCCGUUAGUGAAUUCCUACAAAAGCCACUAGAAUACGAGGAUCUGCCAUCAUUGAGAGAGAGGAUGUCAGAAAUAAGCCCGACUCUCGUUGUCUACGACGUUCUAGAGGGUCCCAGCAAGGAGAUUGCAGGGUUGGGAGUUAAAACAUCUCUUGUAGAGGCAAACAAAGGAACCAAGGCCCUUGGCGAGCCUCUCAAGAGGGUUAUCCAAGAUUUCUAUUUCACAGAUGUCAUUUCGAGAAGCUCUCCGACAAUGGCGAGAUGUUCCGCAGCCAAAUUAGCGCCAGGAAGCGAGUCCAAAGCGGUGGCUUCGUUUGCUUAA